CCCAGAACUCUUUGUAAACGGUGAUAAAGGAGUAGUCUCCAGAAGUUGAAUUUAGAGUUACCUCCCUUAACAUUUACAUUAUUUUGCGCAAGCAGACCAGAUCGGACCGAUUCCGCUGUUAUUUCCAGCUCUUUGCUUGCAUCUUGGGAAGAUACACUGUUUCCUAACGCCAGGACCCUCCUUUUGCCACUUUAUUCCUUACUUCUACCUAUUCAGCGCAGUGGAUUUACUCUCACCUCAGUCAUGGGACAAGCUAUGACAAUUAUCUCAAAAGAAGAUGCAUUACCAGGAAGAGCUGAUAAAAUGGAUGUUUCGUCAACACAUGCUGUCCAUAAAAGGACCACAGUCGAGCCAUUUCCAGAACAUCUUGAGAAUGCAAUGUUUGGUAUGGGUUGUUUCUGGGGUGCUGAGAAAAGGUUCUGGAAUGUGCCUGGUGUUUUUUCUACACAAGUUGGAUAUUCUGGGGGCCAUACAGAGAACCCAACAUAUAAAGAAGUGUGUUCAGGGAAAACAAGUCACGCGGAAGUUGUACGUAUGCAGUUCAACCCUAGUGAGGUGAAAUACGUGGAACUACUCAAGAUAUUCUGGGAGAGUCACAACCCAACCCAGGGAAUGCGACAAGGAAAUGACAUUGGUACCACAUAUCGGUCAGCCAUCUAUUGCUAUGGUGAGCAGCAGUUGAAGGAAGCACAAGAGACAAAAGAAAAGUAUGAGGCAGCUCUAAAAGAAAAAGGCUUCCCAGCUAUAACCACUGAAAUACGUCCAGCAACACAGUUUUACUAUGCCGAAGAUUACCACCAGCAAUACCUGCAUAAAAACCCCUCAGGUUAUUGUGGCCUGGGGGGUACAGGUGUCUCUUGUCCACGAGAAGAACUGUGAAGCCACUAGAGAUAGCUGAGAUGUUCUUUUAUAGGUUGUAAUCUGGAAGAUAUUGUGAGCUCAUACUUUCACAUAUGCACACACAUACAUACAUGCAUACUAGUGUGAACAUGCUAUCUUUAAGAUAGCAUGUUUUACAUUGGUUUGACAUCAUUGUAUCUGAUAUUCCUAUGAUGUAUAUACAUAAUUAUACAUAUGGCAUGCAUAUGAAAAGAACACUGGCAAGAAAUGCAACAUGGCAACAUGAAGGAAGCUCAAAGGUCAACCGUGGAAAACGUAAAAUAGACAUAUCCAAUGAAUUGCAAUUAUGUUGAAAGAAUGUGCAUUUAUAAAGCAAUGAAAAAUAACUAGCUAAAUAUUGCUAAUAAAUUUUAUAUAUACACGCAUA